GAUAGUUGACAACGGAGUACAGUAUCGAAUGGGAUUUCUCACAAUGUCAUCUUUUUCCAUCGUUGUAAUGUUUGCAGCCGCCACCAUUUUGCAAGUGGACAGCUUAAAAUGCUAUCAAUGCAAAAAUUGCAACGAAGUUACUAGUGAACAAUUAUUGACUUGCAACUUUACGAUUCCUGUUCCACCCACUGGUAUUCCAACUGGUGUUCCUACUGAGGGGUCUACUGGUGUUCCAACUGGUGUUCCUACUGAGGGGUCUACUGGUGUUCCUACUGGUGUACUUACUGAGGAGUCUACUGGUGUUCCUACUGGUGUACCUACUGAGGAAUCUACUGGUGUUCCUACUGGCGUACCUACUGGGGUACCAACUGGUGUACCUACUGAGGAUUCUACUGGAGCCCCCACAGGGGAAUCCACUGGCGCCCCCACAGGGGAAUCAACAGGCGCGCCUGCACAAACAAACGAACCAGAUCCUACAGGAUUAGAGGUAGCCAUGGUGAAAAGAUCAAUAGAAUUCGAUGAUGAUUCGGAUUCAAUGUUUUGGGACGACGACUGUAGUUGUCAUAAGGAUUUCUGCAACUGUGGUGGGCGAAUUUACUACACCGCAUACGAAGACAUCAUAGCCGUGAACCUUACAUUUGUAUGCGUAACUGACACUGUCACCACGAAUGGAACAAGCGUCACCAACAGAGGAUGUGCUAUAAAAGCCAAUACAACACAGGAAACCUGUGCCGAUUUUAACUACACUAACACUUGCACGAUUUGCGAGACAGACGGCUGCAACCGCCCCAGCAUGGCCAUUUCAUUGAAGUUCUCUACUAUUCUUUUGUUGCCUGUAUUAUUGACUUCGUUUAUUAAAAGUUAGGUAACAAAUAAAUAAUUUUCA